AUGAAUACAAGGCCCGUUAUCGACGACUCUGCCGGUCCCAUCUCUCUAUCAGCAGCCUUCAACCAUGAUGCCAGCUGCUUCUCCGUGGGCCUCGAUACAGGCUUCUGCGUCUUCAACUCCGAUCCGUGCGAGCUCAGAGUAUCGAGGGACUUCAACGCUGGGAUUGGGGUGACAGAAAUGCUGGGGAGGUACAACUUCCUGGCCUUGGUGGGCGGCGGGAGAAAGCCCAAGUACUCGCAGAACAAGGUCGUCAUUUGGGACGAUGCAAAGCAAAAAGCAGUCAUCACACUCGACUUCAGCACUGCCGUACUCCGUGUCCGGCUCUCCAAGUCUCGCAUCAUCGUGAUUCUCCAGAAUAGCGUCCACGUCUACGCCUUCUCCUCGCCUCCCUCCAAGCUCUCCGUGUUCGAAACGGCAGAUAAUCCCCUCGGUCUCUGCUGUCUCGGCUCCAAGCUUCUUGCUUUCCCGGGUAGAUCACAUGGACAAGUACAGCUGGUGGAGAUCGACUCUGGAAAUGUCACAAUCAUACCCGCGCACAGCACUCCAUUGCGCGCCAUGGAUCUAAGCCCGGAUGGACAACUCCUCGCUACAGCCAGCGAACAGGGGACCCUCGUGCGAGUCUUCUCUACCAGCAACUUAACAUCCGACAAAUCCACCCUCCAUAUCUUCGAUCUUCCUCCCACACCCUCCAGCACAGCACGCCAGACCCCCUGGUCACCCAGCAGCCGAAGCGCCUCACCGGCCGCAUCCCCAGUAGAUGACGCCUCAGCCACAAACCAGAAAUGGGGCUUCCUAUCGAGAUUACCUCUCCUCCCACGCGUCUUCUCCGAUAUAUACUCCUUCACGUCAGCGCACUUCGAGAUCGGAGAUGACUACCAGGGGGGAAACGGCAGUCUGGGCUAUCUACCUGCACUUGGCUCGCUGGGAGUGAGGCCGCACAAGGGUUUGAUAGGCUGGGUGGACGAGCAGACGAUCCUGGUGAUCGGUGCGGGCAGAGAUGGGAGGUGGGAGCGAUUCAAGAUUGCAGAGGACCAGGAGGGGAAACGAGGCGUGAGGAGGGAUGGGUGGAAGAGAUAUCUAGGCGGAUGA